CUAACUACUCAUGGGAGCUCUGCUUUGUAUGUCCUCGAACUUCCGUCUUUACAGUUAAUUCGCGUGAUCUGGAGUCUGGUCGACGAAGAGGGAAAGCGCCGAAUCAGCUUCGACUUAGCGGCGGAUAGGGGCAAUGUGCAAUAGCGAGCAAGAUGACGUGGGAGGCUCCCAUGAGUUGCCACAGAAUUGUUACCCCUCGGCAGUACACAAUCGAGUACCACAUCACCGGGAACUGGCGGCAGGCGGAGAACUACCUGAUGCGGUACGAGUACAUUCCCUCCGGUAAGACGUCUGGCUCGGGCAUCCUGAACUCGUGCUCGGACCCGACAGUGCCCGAGGGCGACCAGUGCUCGGGGCGCGGGUUCUGCAAGCCGCUGAACUCCAACAGCCAGCAACUGCACACGGCGGCCUUCUGCAAGUGUGACCGUGACUGGACGGACCCCGAGUGUUCGACCCGCCGCAAGUCGCAGGCGAUCACAUUCUUCCUGUCCCUCUUCGGCGGCUUCCUCGGCCUCGACUACUUCUACCUGGGCUUCCCCGCCUGGGGCGUCGCCAAGCUGCUGACGCUCGGGGGGUGCGGCGCCUGGUGGCUCACGGACAUCGUGCGCUCAGGCUCGGGCCCCAUCUACGCGGUGGACCACCGAGUGGCGGCGGAUCUCCAGCACUGGGUGUUCGUGCUGGCUUGCAUCUCCCUCUUCCUGGUUCUCGGCUUCGUGAUCGCCCUGGAGUCCUACAACAGGCAGCGCAGCCAGAAGCGCCGGGAUAUCACGAUGCUGCACGCCGCGCAGGACGAGGCCUACUUGGCCCGCAAGGAGGGGCGGCUGCUCGGGCCGCGGCUGGCGCGGUACCCCGGCGACUACGGCUCCGCGUACUGACCUGGUGGGCCUCCCUCUCCUCGGCGGCGCCUCCGGGGGCGGACCGCGUGUGUACCUUCACGGGUGCCGUCUCGGGGGCACCUCCCUCGCUGUCCCUGCCACCCGCCUGCAGUCCUCAAGACUUCACGGAUCGAUUCCGCAGCUCCCCCUCCCCAAUCCGUCGAGUAGGGGAUCGAUUGCAGAAUUGAUGGGCCC